AUGACCCAACGUUUUUGUUUAGUUAUUUUACUUUUGUGCCUUGGAUUAAUGUACCCUCUUGUAACAGGAAUUUUUAUGGACAAACUUGCCAGCAAGAAGCUGUGUGCCGAUGAUGACUGUGUCUACACCAUUUCCCUCGCCAGAGCAGAAGAUGAUUAUAAUGCUCCAGACUGCAGAUUCAUUAAUAUUAAAAAAGGCCAACUGAUUUAUGUUUACUCAAAACUUGUGAAAGAAAAAGAAUCUGGAGAAUUCUGGGCUGGAAGUGUUUAUGGAGAACAAUAUGAAGACCAUAUGGGGACAGUUGGUUAUUUCCCUAGCAGUUUAGUCUCAGAACAACAUGUCUAUCAAGAAGCAAAUAAGACCGUUCCUACCACGGACAUUGAUUUCUUCUGUGAAUAGUGCUAAAAGUGGUUAGAUAAUCUCUAGGCUGCUACCAAGAAAAGAGGAUAGAAAUCAACCUGGAGACUCUCACUGAGCACGAAGAAUUUUUUUUAAUAGAUGUUUGUAAAGUAUGUACCAUUUCUUUCAAAUGAGAAAGCUGAUU